AUGGAGAUCGCAGGUGAGAAAGGCUCAGCGAAGGUACAGCUCUUCCCUUCGGAGCUUGGAACUUCUGAGGUUGCUGCCUCUGCAAUGAACAUCAUUGCCAUAGUUCCAGUGGGCCCGCAGGGAGCUGAAUGGGCCUCCAACGUGGAGAGGCAAAAAAGAGCCGCGACUGGUGUGGAGGGUUGGGUCCUGGCCUGCCCUGCGGACAAAGCGCAUAAUGUGCUGGAAAAGAUCACCGAUGCCGGUGGGGUUCGAUCAGGUCUUCAAGCCCAGUAUCACUUGUUUAUGCAGGGGAAGCAUGGUUUGGGUGCCUUUGGCUUUGUGGUUUGCGCUUCCGAGCAGCUAUCGGACAAGAUAGUUGCCGUGAAGAGCAUCAAGCUGCAGGUGGACCCGCAGGUGAUUUUCAACGAAGUUGCAAUGCUGAGGGCGGCGCAAGGCCAUCCCAACAUCGUCCGAUUUCGCGGCCUCUGGGCAGAUCCGACAUCGGCUGAACAGUCCAAGGGCGGCAGGCAGUGGUACAUGGUCAUGGACUACUUCAAGGGCGACUUGUACGAUCGAAUCGUGGAGGGCCGAAGGCUCCGGGAGAAGGAAUGUGUUCCAAUCCUUCACAGCGUGCUCGCGUCGAUAACUUUCCUUCACAAGCGAGGUAUUUUCCACAGGGACAUCAAGCCCGAGAAUCUGCUAAUUGAGACGGCUGCAAAAGUUGUUUUGACAGAUUUCGGGAUUGCGUGCCUGGUCACGAACGAGGCCGAGUUGAAGCGCAAGGUUGGAACAGUCGGCUAUGCUGCACCCGAGAUGCUGGCGGGCACGGCAACAGGCUUUGAAGGCGACGAGUUCGGAGCAGGUAUCGUGCUGUACUUCAUGCUCUCGAAGUCAACGCCCUUCCUGGCGCCAACACCUGCCAUGACCAUCGAGAAAACGAUGGAGGGCAAGGUGAACAUGGCCUAUCAGUGCUUCGACCACAUCAGUGAGAACUGCCGCAACAUGAUCAAUGGUCUUGUCUGCAAGGAUGUUGCCACACGCAUCAAAGCGCAUGAUGCUUUGAAGACGACCUUCUUGCCACAGCCCAAGCGCCGGCUGAUUCCGGAUUACGGAGACCGGCCAUGGCACCGUAAUCUAUGCCAAUGUCGAAUUUGGCAGAUCGGCAAAUCUCAGUCACUCUCUCGUUCCUGCUGCAUCUUGUGGGCUCUUUGCCUCUCUUGCGUUCUUCGGAGAACUGUUCGCAAAGUCAGCUCCCAAGCCUGA